GAUGAUUUCUCGCCGGUUGUGUCGAACUUUGUAGCUGAUAGGUUGAAAUGCAGUACGAAGUAUAAUUCUUCGGUUAUUAGUAUCGCUGUUGUUGAUGUGUUCGUUGACAAAGUUUGUUUUCGAAUUGUUUAUGCGCGUUUUCUGUGGCUUGUAUUCACAGGAAUGCUCGAAGUAUCACUCUUGUCGAUGUAUUUAUUCGUUGACAAGCUUUAUUCUAACUUGCUUAUCCGUUUUGGCUGGCAUGUAUUGCACAGGCGGUCGUCUCGAAUAUCGCAGUGGGUUGGAAUUUCGUAUCAGGUCUCAAUCGUCGAUGAUAGGGAACUAAUUGACAAGGACAUUUGGAACGAGGGUGAAGCAGGUGCGGCUCCAAUGAUUGAGUGGAUCGCUUAUAUUGAUAUUUUAUGUUUACAUUGGUGUCAAUAA